AUGAAGCUCGAAAUUAUUCCAAAUGAGUGCAGUUCUGAUAGUGAACCUGAAGUAGAUGAAGGAGAACAGGAUGGAACUAGUGAACAGUCUAACACAGACAGUGAAGAAAAACAAAUUGAUAAAAAAUGCUUAAAUGAAACUGGUUCCGGAGAUGCAAAUCUGAUUUGGCCACUUAGGCACAGCCUCUUCCCACACAUUCCGCCAUACAUUUGCUUUAGUUCGCACGAUUCCCCCAUACCGAUGAAAUUUCCCAUGGGUGGGAAAUUCUUCAAAUGGAAGUUAACCACGAUAACUCCGAUUUUGGUCAGACAAACUCUGAGUAAUUCUGGGUUCUCGUUGGUCAGAACGCGAGGGGUGGGCAUAAAGGUGAUAAACAAGUGGUCUCAACUUCCGAAAAAAAUGUCCCUAGUGGUGCAAAAGUACAUUCCCAAUCCGUACCUAAUUAACGGCAGCAAAUUCGACUUGAGACUGUACGUUUUGGUGACCAGUUUUCACCCUUUGAGAAUUUAUUUGUAUCCUGAUGGUUUGGCCAGAUUUGCUAGCGCGAAAUACAGCGAUGAUUCCAAAGAUCUUAAAGAUCGUUACAGGCAUUUAACAAAUUAUAGUAUUAAUAAGUUGUCUGAUCAGUACACUGCCAAUGAAGAUGCCAAUGCUUGUCAAGGACAUAAAUGGACCCUCUCGAAACUCAUGGAGUACUUGGAGGGGAAAGGGGUAAACUCCAGAAGCCUCUGGAAAAACCUCCAGCAACUGGUGAUAAAAACGAUGAUUUCCGCCGAAGGCCCCAUAACGCAACUGUGCGAAGAAAACAUGAACAGCAUUUACAAUUGUUACGAACUUUUUGGCGUCGACGUGCUAUUGGACGUAGAGUUAAAACCGUGGCUUUUAGAGGUAAACAUUUCUCCAAGCCUUCACAGUGCCUCGCCUUUAGACGCCCAUGUCAAAGGACCAAUGGUACAGACUUUAUUUGACAUGGCGCAAUUCCAUAUACCGUCCAAGGCAACCGCAAGCAACUCCACGCCCUCCAGCUUCAACCCGAAGCUCUACACCAUGUCGCUGACGAAAAACGAACGCCUGAAACACGCCAACUACGAAGAGUACGUCGACAGAAACGAUUACCUGCACGAGAUCGUGGAGCAGCUCAACGGCGACGACGUGCGUCAACUGGCGCGCGCGGAAGACGAGUACGCGGCCAAGGGCAGGUUCGAGCGGAUUUUCCCCACCGCGCACACGCACAAGUAUCUCGAGUUCAUGGAGCCCAGGUACUACAACAGGCUGUUCGAUGCGUGGGAGGCCAAGUACGGAUCUAGGAGGCAAGAAGGUAUAAAUUAUUUAAAAACUCUGUGUUCUCAAAGGAUACACCUAAAAACAGCCGCAUCUUCGAAAAUAAGAAAGAACUCUCUGAGUAUGACCCCUGGGGAUCGGAAACUGCAGCCCUCCAAGGAGGGUCAGACACUUCCUCUGGAGGAGAUACUGAGGAAUACAUCCAUAGCAAGUGAAGUUUUAGUCUGCGCAAACUGACUCUAAAAAAAUGCCGAAUUCAUCAUUCUAUAAGAACCACCACCAGCAUUUUUAAAACUGCCAUAGAUUUCAUUAAAUUUCAAAAUAAAUUUCACGUUAAAUUUAAUUUAAAUUAAUUUAAAAUUUGUAAUUUAUAGGUAUUCUUAAAAAAAUAAAUGUGUCAUUUUAUUGUAUGUAUUAAUUCUUGAAAAUUAUUUAUUAAUUAGUUUCUAAAUAUUGUGUUUAUGUUUAGUUGCAUAUAUAUUUUUAAACAAUCAAAUUAAAAAUUACUUAUUAUCUA